AUGCGGCUGCUGCUGCUGCUGCUGCGCCGUGGGGGCGUGCCUCGGCGCGCCUAUGCGACGCUGACGCCAGCCGAUAUGCUGCGAAUCCAGGCGACGCGGGGUGCGAAUCUCGAGUUGGAUCCCCGUGGGGUGGACUAUGGCCUGUUUGAGACGCCGUCGCUCGAAUACACGCACCAGCAGCGCGAGGCGCCUGCUGUGUCCGAUAUACCCGCGCCGAUUCUGACGAUGCAGCGCGUGCUGCGUGCUGGCGACUUUGCGGCUGCCUCGCGCCUCUUUGAGCAGCUCGAGGAGCUUGGCACGUACCUCGAUCAGCCACUGGCUGAGUACGCGCACGCGUCGCGGUGGUGUGCUGCGUCGGGUGAGCCGCGCCGCGCCGUGCGGUUCCUGCGGCAUAUUCCGAGAUCAUCGCACAGUAUGGACACGUCGUACCAGGUAUCGCAGACGCUCUUGUGGCUCGUGCGAUCGGGCGAUGGGGCAGCGAUGCAGCAGGGCAUGCUGCUGGCGGCCGAGUACGGCUACGUCCGUGAGCUUCGCAAGGCGCUGGUGGCCAUGUAUCAAGGGCCGUUUGGCGGGACGCAAGAGGCGCCGCAGCUGUGGUGUGCGCUGGCGGCGGUUCUUGCGGCGCCGAUGGCGGAUCUCACGCGCUUGUAUGGCUGCCUCGUUCGGGCGCAGCUUCGUGGACACCACGCGCCUAUGCAUGAUACCCUAUCGUUCCCUGUGGAUGCGUACACGCAGGCUGUGCUGCGGGGCGAGCCAUGCCGGCCUGAGCGCAUGUCGCAGCACGACUCGGACCGCUUCAUGCGGCAUGUGCGCCGCGACGAUGUGGCGCGUAUGCGGAGUGUGCUGCUUGGCGUCCUGAAGCGUGGCUCGAUGCCGUCGAUCGAGCAUGUCUCGACGCUCCUGUGCAGGGCGUCGCGGCAGGCGUGGGUGGACAUGCCGCCGAGUGAGCGUCGCGAUGCGUAUCGCGUGUCGACGGGGUCGUUUCUGCGCCCACUUCGAAAGCGAUGCCUGUCGUUUCCGGGGCUGUGGGAAACGGCGACGCUGCGUGCGCGAGAAAAAGAGGGCGACUGGCACAGCGCGCUUCGACUGUGGCAGCAGCGCUUUGAGCCUGUGCGUGGCGUCUAUGAGCCGGCCGUGCAGGAGCUGGUGCGUCGCGCGCGACCUCCGACGCUGCCGUAUGUGGCGUCGGUGACGGCGAAUAGCGAGCGGCGUCCGGAGCGUGCGCGGCAUGAGCGUGCGCGGAUCAUGCCGACGCCGUACGCGGUCGCGACGGUGCUUCGGGCGAUGGUGCGUGCGUACGGCCCGGACGGCAAGGCAUUGGCGCCCAUGUAUGCGGCGCUCGUGGACGCCGCUGAGCCCGGUGGGCCGACUGCGAGUGCGGCGUGCUUUGAGGCGUUCAUUGCGAUGUCGAGUCGCGUGGAUGCGAAGCGCUUCGUGAGUCCGCGCGUCUCGCGCACGACGCCGCAGCAGCUGCCCACGAUGUGGACGAUGCUGCGGGACAUGCAGGCCGCGUGUGUCGUGCCGCGCUCGUCGACGUGGACGCUGUUUCUGCAGGCGCUGCUGCGUGAUCGGUCGCGGUCCAAGUGGCGCAUCGUGCUGCAUGUGCUGAACGAGAUGCACCGCGGCGACCACGAGCGCAAGGCGCUGCUGCCGCGUGCGACGCCGGCGACGUAUGCUGGUCUGCUGCAUGUGCUCACGCGCGUGCGGCAAACGUCUCGCACGCGGCGGCGGCGGUGCACGAUUCGGGCGCUGAUGCGACGGCGGUAUGGGGAGGGAGUGUAUGCUACAGAGAGGGCUAGUCGACGCGCUUGA